AUGACCGCCGCAAAGCCAUUCAACCCCUGGGUCUCCCUGCGCACUCAGCAACCCGUCGCCUCGUUCAGCUGGUGUCCUAUGAAAGACCUCCUCGCCCUCACCUACGAAACAAACUACGUCGAGGUGUUACGGCUACCAGAAUGGACUAGCAUAUGCACCCUCGCGAGAGACUCGCAAGUGGCCGUAAACGCUGUGUCGUGGAAGCAGGAUGGGAGAUCACUUGCAAUAGGGUUUGCAGACGGACGAGUGGAAGUCUGCGACGUUGAAGCUGGAACUCUCAUAGCAAAGUUCACGGGCCCAACAGACGGCAUCAAGCUUAUGGACUGGGUAUCAACAGACGUCUAUGGAUCACAGAAGCAAAGGAUCGUGACGUUUGGAGGCCUGGACGAGAAGUAUUUGCCUCCGCUGCCGAGUAGCGAAGGACAGUUGCGGAAACAGUCGUCAACGAUCAACAUUACGGAUCGGCCUGGGUCCCCAGAAGUGGCUCCGGGGCAGCUGGAUAUAAUAGCUUCAUCCGAUGGAACUGGAUGGAUACAGCUGAGCGUCGCCGGACGGCUCCCAGCAGGCCAAACAGAUUUGAGUGCGAUGGGUGAAAAGCGGUUCAAUAACCCGGAAAUCUCGCAAUUGUGGUUCACAUCGAAUCCUUCGAACUUAUGCGCCCAAGUCAUCGACCAAUCAGACAAUGCACUCAAAACACUGUAUCUGGUGCACUUCGAACCACGGUUGCUCGGCACACAUCGCACCCUGCUGUACUCCGUCACGACGCACCUAGCGCAAGUAGAAACCCUUGUAGCAUACCUGGAAGGCGGCGUCGAAGCCAUCGAACGCGAGAACAAAAUCAUAUCGGAGACGACUAGUAAAGAAAUCACCGCCUUUGACAGAGUCCUCGAGGAACAUAACAUCGACACGGAUUUCGGCAGCGAACUCCUCCAGCUGCUCCUCGUCGGCGUCCCCAGCACCAUCCUGGAACCCUACCUUACCCAACGUCUGAACCAAGGCAGCGCGCUCCGCUCCUGGCACAAAAGCGUCGAGGCGUCCAUGCUCAAUAUCGGUCGGGUGGCGUGCACGAAGGUUAUUCCAGCCAUCGAGCGGCUGCUUCUCCACCUUGACGAGCUCAAAGGGCUGGGACAGUGGGGUAUACGCCACGGCACGCCGGUGGUGAACGUGGACGCGAUACUGAAAUGCAUAGAGCACGUGCGGUCUCUCGCGCUGUUUGUGGAAAGUCAUCAGUUAGAGACCCUCACAAAUUUGCAAAACUUCGUGGAGUUCUCGAAAUGGCUGGCUGAGAGUUGUCGCGCCGUUGAGGCUGACCCCGAAUCUCCGUACGAAUUCGAUGUGGAUGCGGCAGAUGUUCGGAAGGUUAUGGCGUAUGUGCGGCGAACCUUUUUGCCUAACGACUACUGGACGCGUGAAGAACUAGCUGCCGUUAAUGCUAAUGCCGGAUGGGAUAUGAGCGACUUGGCACCGAUAAAACACUACAGUGGACUCUUGACUCGGACCGACGCUGGGAAUGAUGAGCAGUCUGUUGUUAUGCGGAGUUGUGUACGGCUGUAUAGUUACCCGUCGGGAAGCAGGGGCGCCCCCGCCCAUAAGCUGGAUGUUACGUCGAUGACUACUUGGCAGAGAUUCCACGACAAUUACAUCGCAUUCAGGAUAGAGCAUGACUUCAAUCCAGACGAUGAAUACGCCUACCCAAUACUAUGCGUCACCCGCCAAGACUGCGGAUCAUCCCAACGGGCCGCACCAUCAGACACGCCAUUGGAGCUCGCCUGUGUCCAACUUUGCACAGAUGAAGGGGUGCGGCUGGAUCACGUUGCCGGCCAACAUUUCCUUGAUGACGAUCAGUUGAUUGUUAUGCAUGAGCAUGAAUCGGCUGACGGAGUGCGGACAGGGAUGCUCUCCUCAUUCCGAUACCCGGACUUUCCAUACGCUUCCAUAUCACCAAACAUCAAAUCGAGUGAUCAAUAUUCAGGUCUCAUCAACCUUUUUUUGCGAGAUGUGAAUCAUGAAAACGUACCCUCAGUCAACGCUUGCCAUACAACAGUUCUGGAAGCCCCAUUCAUGGAGCUGGCGGUGAAUUGCAAGAAGGGCACCGUGGCGCUGCUGGAUGAGAGUCGACGGAAGGUGGCGGUGUUGGAGCAGUGA